GAGGGGCGGGGGGGGGGUCGGUGAGCAUCACCUUGGCCUCAGGGCUGAGCUCCGCCUUUGCCGCGCAGGUUGGCCCCCGCCUGUAUCGCCUCCUGGCCCCAUCCGCAUGCUGCCAGUUUGCCGACUUUUCACAUCUACCGAGUCUUUGCCUAAUUUGUCCUCCGUUCCGGUGUUUUCCUCGGCGUUGUGCUGAAGAUUUUGAGAGGCACGCCAUGGAGGCCGGUGCCUGAGAGCCUAAGAGAGCCCCCCCCACCCCGGUCCACCGGACACCACACGAGGGGGCAGUUCUGCACUCUGGUAGUCUCUCCGCCUGACCCUACUUCUCUCGCCCGGGGACCUGGAGCCUAAAGUUGACACACGUCGGCAGGCAUGAGGAGGAAAGACAGGAGCGGAGAGCAGGACGUUCGUGAGCGUGUGGUGUGACUGAGCCAGACAGACAGAAAGAGGGCGAACUCCCUGUGCACCAGCAGCCGACUCAUAUUGUGAAGAAUUAACUACUGCUGGUAUUUCAGCUGCUCUCACAGUCGAGUCAUGUUGCUGGCCGAGUGAACGCCCUGUCGAUGUUUGAAGCACUAAUGUGUCGCUCGGUGCACUUGCAGGUGUGAGAUUCGGCUGGCUGACACCUCUGGUUUUGGGUGACACUGAAGGCUGGGUAAAAGGACUAUACUUGCUGCAGACCCGAGGACGCAGUACCCUGCCAAGGACUAACUGGGGCCAGGUUCGAUCGUGUGGACGUAUUUUCUGAGUCUGUGAUGCAGAUGAUUUGUGAAGUACCGAUGUGAGGUGGACGUGCUGCAUGAACAUCUCUUUGUAAGCCCCCAUGCCCCCCUCCCCACAAGCCAGAGGGAUGGCAGAGGUGCAAACGUCACUCUAACAUCUCGUAUUGCGGCGGAUUUAAGGAGCUACAAUCGUCAGAAAUAUAGGAAACGCAAACCGUGCGAGGAGGUGCUCGCCGACGGCCCAGCCCUGGCAGGGGGGCUCAAGCAAGAGGACGACAGUACGCAGGGGUGGGGGCAUUCACAGGGGAAGAUGAUGGAGAAACUGGAGCCCCCCGCUUCCCCCAGCGCCCAGCGUGGCGGGCGGCCAAGUCCUCUGCGAAGCGCGUCGCCACCUGUUAACAGCCCGGCGGCUAAUGAACCGCAGAAGCGGGGAGACUCGGCCCAGAGCGGUGCCUCCGAGGAGCCCCCCCCCCCCAAGCCAGCGCCCACCAGCUGAGCCCAUUGCUGUGGAGACGUCCGACGGAGGGGGGUUGGCCAGAUCGCCACGCGAAACAACACCCCCGGUCUCCACCGCCAAAGACUCCCCCCUCAACCACACCACGCCCCCUCCCACCCCAUGUUCCUCUGCCACCCUCCCCCCCAACAUCCCGGUGAUCAGCCUCGGGCACAGCAAGCCUCCCAUCCCCCCCCUCCCUCUGCCCAGUCCCCAGCUGACUGCCCUGCACCCUAUUCCCCCCCGGGCCCUGGGCUCCAACGACAUCCGUCUGACGCAGCUCACCUCCCUCUCUGCUCCAGCUCCUACUGCCCCUGUGCCGCCCCCCGGCCCCCUGCUGCCACCAUCCUACUUGCCCGGCCACCCUUUCUUCAGCAGUGCCUACCUUGGUCCCUCAGGGAAUUACGGCCUCUUUGCCGCCAGCCGCAUGAAGAGGAGGUCCUCCUCGCACUUUGAGCUGGGCCUCUCAGAAGGCCCCCCCCCGAAGCUGGCGCGGCGAGUCUUCACCAACAGCCGGGAGCGAUGGCGGCAGCAGAACGUGAACGGGGCCUUCUCAGAGCUACGCAAGCUCAUCCCCACGCACCCACCAGACAAGAAGCUCAGCAAGAAUGAGAUCCUGCGACUGGCCAUGAAGUACAUCAACUUCCUGGUCCAGCUGCUCCAUGACCAGGCCGGCGAAUGGGGAAGCCAGACCACUGAGGAUGGGAGACCCCAGGAGGAGGGAGAAGAAGGAGAGGCUGCGGAGGAUGAGCGCCUGAGGGCGGCCAAUUCGUGGGAUCCGAACACCAGCUCACAGUGUGACAGCCCCCCCGGAGGCCACUCGCUGACUAAUCGGCCAGUCCUGGGCUCAGUCCUGCCCGACCAGGACUCCGAAUCCAUGAGUACCCUGGUAAUCUCCCCCGCCUCCAGCUGCUAUGGCGACACGGAUAGCGAGGAGAGUCUGAGCUCCAAGAACUCAGUAGUAAACCCUGGAGCGUGCCGGCUGGAGCCGGCUGCAGAGCGGAUGCAGCCGGUGCUCGCCAGCGACCAGCGGUGAUGCCAUGGUUACGUCCAGAAAUAUACCGAGCGCAGAAUCCGGACUGGCUGCCAAUGCACACAUCUCUCUUUCAUUUCACCAUAAUCACCACAUGUCUGUAAAUACAGCUAUUUCUUCUGACAUGACUGUCACUUUCUUUGAGUGGCCAUUACCCCCCCAUCAAGCUGAAUCUGAGGUGUGAUCACCCCUGUCCCUCGUCUGAAGUGUCAUUUCAGGCCAGGUCCUGACACCUAUACCGUGACAAAUGUUGGCGUUGGAGGUGGCUAACUGGGAAUCCUUCCACAGUCGGGAUCCGAGGCUAGAAGAUGACCAGGAGCCUGGAUGAGGAGAGGCUAGAUCUACGCACCCAGGACUUUUCGGCUCAUUGUCGCUGCUUUUUGUUAGAAACUCACACACAUACACGCUCCUUCCUCUUCUGCGGCCGACGGGCAGACGUGAUGGCCGAUGUGGCAGCAGGCGGAAGCGAACAACCACGGUUCCCUGUUCCACAUCCUCAUCUGACAGAGAAGAAACUUGUUUAGAUUCUGCCCUGUUUAGAGAGCAAGCCGGCUUGUGCCUCAUCACCCUGCGCCGGUCACGUCGCAACGUUUAGAUCAUUAUCCCCGUCGCACCCAGUCCGGUCUGUUAGUGAAAUCGCAGUUUGAAUUACUUGUGAAUUCGCAAGUGUGGUUUGUUACUCUCAGGCUGACCGCAUGCGUUGAUAUAUUCUGAUCUGUCCGACAGGCCAGCCGGGAAGGCCACUGAACCCCGACGCAUUCUAAGGGCAGCUUGUGUGCUUUCGGCUUCCUAUCGUUCUCUCGUACCACUCCCAGCCAUUACACAAUGGACACAGUUGAACGUCUCAUAGAUGCGUAAACCUCAGUUUAAAAUAUUUUCAUUGAGCGAAGUCGAGAUUGGCUUGUUUUCGUAUUUUUGAUAUAUUCUUCUCACUUCGGGCGGGUAAACCUGCCUCUCAGGUAUUCAGGUUUCUUUCUUUCCCAAGGGUAGAACUGAAAAUCCAACCCUAGCUGUAAAUGACAGCACUUAGCCAUCUGUUUGAAUCGCAGUUCUGACUGUGUAACACAAGAAGGGCUGUAGAAAUUGGGCCUUUCUGGUGCAUUUUUUCAUGCUCCCUCAGGAUAAGUGAAUUGGGACAGGGGCUGAGGGUGUAGGAGUGUUCCAAUUGGCAUACUAGCACACUCAGCUACUUGGUUUGUGUUCUUCCAGGAUGUGCAGUCUCCAUCACAGUGGUGUCAGUUUCUCACCACACUUGAGAGUAAUUUUUUUAAAUAUGUUUUGCUCAAUGACUUUAGAAAACUCCAAGAACACUUGAUUUAAUAUAAAGUACAUAAUAUAGUUUUUAAAAGUUUAUUUUAACUAUUAUUAAAUUAAAUCAUUCAAGAAAUGUAACUUAGCCCUCUUGUGACCAAAUUAGCUAUUAUUAAGUAACUGUACCUUGUUUGGUAUUUUGUUUUAGAAAUACUAGAAUUAUAUAACUAACAUUGUGAGAAAAAGUGAGUGGCUUUAGGUGAUUAAAUAUUCACAAAUGUGAAUUUUACAUGUAAACAUUAAAUUAUCAGUAUUAAACUUGCCUUUCAAAUAAA